AUGCAGCCAGCAUUCACAGCCCUCUUCAUGCUGCUCUUUGUCCUGCUGUGUUUCCUGGGAAUCCUGGCCAAUGGCUUCAUUGUGCUGGUGCUGAGCAGAGAAUGGAGGCGGCUUGGGAGGCUGCUCCCUUCUGACAUGAUCCUCAUGAGCUUGGGUGCCUCCCGUUUCUGCCUGCAGUGGAUUGGAAUGGUGUACAACUUUUACUCCUUCUUCCACCCGGGCGAGUUCAGCAAGGGUCCUGCACAGGAGCUCUUUGGUCUCCAAUGGGAAUUCCUGAAUUCAGCUACUUUCUGGUUCGGUACCUGGCUCAGUGUCCUCUUCUGCAUGAAGAUUGCUAACCUCACCCACCCGACCUUCCUCUGGCUGAAGUGGAGGUUCCCAAGGUCAGUGCCCUGGCUUCUGCUGGGCUCUCUCCUGAUCUCCACUGUCGUCUCCCUGCUCUUCUUCUGGGGAAACUACGCUGUGAAUCAAGGUUUCUUCAUUAGAGAAGUUUAUGAGAAUAUGACCUACAUGGAGAGGGUCAAUAUGAUUGAAAUUCACUAUUUCCUACCCCUCAAAUUGGUCACAUUGUCGAUUCCUUGCUCUGUUUUUCUGGUUGCAACCUCACUGCUGAUUCAUUCUUUGAGGAGACACACUCGGAAAAUGCGGCAAAGUGCCCAUAGCCUGCAAGACGCCAGCACCGAGGCUCACACCAGAGCUCUGAAGUCACUCAUCUUCUUCCUCAUUCUUUACAUUCUGUCUUUCAUGUCCCUGAUCAUUGAUACUGUAGGUUUCUUUCUCUCAGAGAAUGACUGGUUCUGGCCAUGGCAAAUUGUAACCUACCUGUGCACAUCUCUUCAUCCCUUUAUCCUCAUCCUCAGCAACCUCAGGUUUCGAGAGGUGCUCAGGCCGCUACUUCUGUUUGCCAGGGGCUUCUGGCUGGUCUAGGUGCCGUGGUCUCCUUAUUCUCAUUCCCAGAAGAGACUCAAGUGAGGAUGACAGAACCACGGCCCAUUUACAUGGAAAUAUCUUCAUAGGUAGAUGUCUACUGGAUCAUUCUGUGGGCUCCUCCUUUGAAAGGAGUGAAGCAGAACAAAAUCUGGGAACACUGAGCAUGAUACCUCUCUUGGGACACCAUUAACAUAGGGCCCCGUGGGUCCCAGAGAGCCAAUAUUGUCCAGAAGGUCAGGAUACAAAAUUUUGUGCUAUUCUCUAUGUUUGUAUAUUCUCGUGUUGAGAGAAAGCCUUCAGUUAAAUGUCUUAAGUAAGUAUACUAUCUUAUCGUGAAAGCCUAAUGGGAAAUUAAGAGAAAAUAUGUCCACAACUGAAUUAGGGUGUAAAUGGGGAAGCAGCAACCUUCGUGAGGAUAAAGUCAAGGUUACUACUAAGGGACAGGUGUGGUAGACAGUGGCUGGGCUGUGAGGUCUAAACGCCCUUCCUUUUGUGGAGAUUCUUCCUCGCACCAAGCUUGGGUAAUUUGGUUUUAAUUUUGUUAAAGCCACUGCAAGGUUUCUUUACACUACCCCCAUCUCUUUUUUAAUUGGUAUUUCCAUUGUUCUG